AAGUGGUCUGCAGAUCAUCUCCUCUCCCCGGUCCCGGAUCUGCGAGGUGUCAUCAGCAGGAGUAGAAAAGGGGCACCCGGCCAUGGCUGUGCGCAUCAUACGUGGAGUGGAAGACCUGGUGGCAUCGGGCAGCCAGCUCGUCUGGAGCCUGGCACAUCAGACCCUGAGGAGGUGGUGCGACCGCGGGCUGAUGCCCUGCAGACGCUUCCUAGAAGCCUGGCUCAGGAUUGGAAAGUGCUACCAGAUGACCGAAGGCCGUCUUUGCCAGGUUCACCUCCUCGAUGGCAGGAAGCUGGAGCUGCUGGUGCAGCCCAAGCUGUUGUCCCGGGAGCUGUUAGAUCUGGUGGCCUCACAUUUUAACCUGAAGGAGAAAGAAUAUUUUGGAUUGUGCUUCAUAGAUGACACUGGCCAGAAUAAGUGGCUCCAGCUGGAUCGUAAAGUCCUUGAUCAUGACUUCACCAAGUCUUCUGGGCCAUUGGAGCUCAAGUUCCUUGUGAGGUUUUACAUUGAGAAGAUCACCUUCUUGAAAGAGAACACGACAGUGGAGCUCUUCUUCCUGAAUGCGAAAUCUCUAGUGUUUAAUGAGACCAUCGAAGUCGAGAGUGAAAAUGUUUUCAAGUUAGCCGCAUUCGCAUUGCAGGAGGCCAAAGGUGGUUACACCAGUGCUGAGACUGCCAGAUCUGACCUGAAGGAGCUCCCAGUGCUGCCAACCAGAGUUUUAAGGGAGCACCCAUCUCUCAAUUACUGCGAGGACAAAGUGAUUGAACAUUACAAGAAAUUGAAGGGACUGACCAGAGGACAAGCCGUUGUGCAGUAUCUCGCCCUGGUGGAGUCCUUGCCGACGUAUGGAGUCCAUUAUUACCCAGUGAAGGACAAGCAAGGGAUACCGUGGUGGCUGGGAGUCGGCUACAAAGGCAUUGGCCAAUUCGAUUUGCAGGACAAGCUCAAACCACGAAAGUUGUUUCAGUGGAAGCAGUUGGAGAAUUUGUAUUUCCGAGAGAAGAAGUUUGCAGUGGAAGUGAACGACCCACACAGAAGAACAGUGACCAAGCGAACUUUUGGACAGACCGGCCUGGUCAUUCACACUUGGUAUGCCAGCCACUCGCUGAUUAAAACCAUCUGGGUGAUGGCCAUCAGUCAGCACCAGUUCUACCUGGAUAGAAAGCAAAGCAAAACAAAGAUGACCACAACCAGGAGUUCGGGUGACAUUGCCGUGGACCUCACGGAGAUCUGCGCCCCGCGGAUCAGUAAACUCUCCAGCAUUGAGAGCAAAGACCAGCUCAUCAUGGCCAGCAGCGGAAGCCUCAUCUCAGCCGGUUCGGCUGAUUCCGAAGUCAGCGAGGAGCAGAAGAAGGAGAAGAUUGCAGAGUUAAAAAAGAAAGAAAAGGGCCUUCAAGACAUGCUGACACAGAAGCUUGAGGAACUGAAAAAGAUCUGCAUGAGAGAAGCCGAGCUCACGGGCAGGUUACCUAAAGAGUAUCCCCUGGCCACAGGCGAGAAGGCUCCCCACGUCCGUCGCCGAGUCGGCACGGCCUUCAAGCUGGAUGACCUUUUCCCCUAUGAUGAGGACCCACAUCUGAGGAAUCUGGAGAGCAUGUUCGCCUUGCAGCAGAAAAUUGUGGAAGCAGCCAUCAAGUUGGCGAGCGAGGGCGACCUCUGCAAGACGGUGAGGAAGAAGAGGAGAAAUAACUUUCUGGAUGCAAAAAGGAAGCUGGAGGAGAUUGAGAGGGAGAUCAAUGCCUACAGGAUCAAGAAGGGAAAGAAGCCCACCCAGAGGGCAUCACUGAUCUUAGGAGAUGAUGUGAACCCCUCAGACCUCAGCUCUCUAUCUGACAGCCUCACUCUGGAUGAUGAUGACGAGUUCAGUUCGCAAAGGCAGCGGUCCAGAUCGGUGCAGUAUUCCCCAAGGCCCCACCACGCAGAGACUCUGGACAUCCACUACAACAAGGACAGACGCAUCUCUGCCAAUGAGCAGCACGGAGAGAGCAGAUUAAAUUACGGACAAGUCCAGGAAUUGCUCCACUACAGCCACCGCGAUGCCUUAUCAAGCCACAGCAGCCCUUUCAGACCGGCUUCCAGACAGCCGCGUGAUGCCCGCAGCAUGCCCCCCACCCCCCUCCUCACUCGCAAUGCCUACAGCAGCACCCAGCUCAGAUCGGAGGACCCUCCUCAACAUUUCCGCCAGCGUAGCGGGAGUCUGGAGUCCCAAUCUCAGUUCCUGACUGAGGCUGAACCCCCGGUGCCGACGUUGACCUUCUCCCCAGCCCGACGCAGCAACAGCACCGAGGUCCUCGACGACGGCUCCUCCUACACAAGCCAGUCUAGCGUGGAGUACAGCGCUCCCGGUAACCACACCCACAGACGGAGAGCUCGCGGUCGCCACAGAAAGGACUUGUACGCAAACACAGGCAGCAUGCCGAACCUGGCUCAACCAGACACCCGCUGCUACGCCUACCAGCCCCGCGCUCGGCCCACCACGACGGCCUACUAUGUCACAGGCUAUCCCAGCUACGCAGACCCAGAGCCGUACUCCAACGGACUCUACAUGUACGACAACGAGAUGGAGGGUCACUACAAUGUCAAUCCCUCCUACCCCCCCGCCCCCCCAGAUUAUCACAGCCACGAUGUGCACAGCCACUACGGUAACGACGAGCUGGACGGCAUGUCGCAGCACCCGUACGCCACACUGCGGCCGCCCAGGAACCGCCAGGUGCCCCACAGCAACGAGCAUGUCGGCAAAAACAUCCAAAAGGCCUUGGUGGCGGAGCACCUGAGAGGCUGGUACCAUCGCAACGCCGCGCACAAACAAACUGUGUACAACUAUGACUACGACAGAGGCUCCCAGCAGAGCCUGGGCUAUCAGACCAUGCCUGCGCCCUACAGCCACAACAACAGAAACGUGUACUCAUCAGUGUCCUCCGCGUCCUCCACUGGAAACUGGCACAGCCACAUGAGUGGUGGUAUGUCGGAAUAUGACAUGCCCAUGCAUGCGCCGCCAUCCUUCUCUUACAGCACAGCCCCGUACGCCCACUCCGCCCACAGCAGAUGUCCCCCAGAGUUUGAGAGGCGGAGCUGUAAUAGGAUGGCGUGCCCUGUGAGGCCUUUAGAGAGGUGUGGUGCUGCGGCCUAUGCUACUGACCAGGAAAUUUACCCCCCCUCCCCCCUCCCCAAUAAUCAAAGUCACAGCACAGAAGAAAGGGUCCUACAUAGACGUCAGCAGCCAAAUGCACAGUAACAUGGACCCAGAGGACCAGAUUCACUGGCACGAAGACUCAAAACCGGGAACGAUAGUGUAGCCAUCACCGAGCCACACGAAUCUUUUCACCUUGACACGUCGUCACUGUGCCUUAGACUGCACUUACCCACUGUUCUGGGAUCCAAAGAAUGAAGGAACUCUAAUGUGGAACUCUGAGCUUGUCCGGAAACACAAUCGCCAAACACAUCCUCGUGUUGGAAUCGUAACAAAACCUCUUGAGGGAGCGUCUGCGUGUGUGGAAUUUGCGAGUGUUUGUGGUGAUGGCACUGAAACUAUACCAAGACCUGCUGUGGACUGUGUGGCAUAUAGCCAAAGGGAACGUGGACUAAACUUCUCCAGUGUUUAUCCGUAGAGAGACGCCAGCUUCACAAAGCGAGGACUAGGACUGUCUCUGUGAGAGGAUACUGAGCCGAAACGAACAAGAAGGACUCCCCCUGCUUUGCUUCUUACACACACACACGCGAACACUGUAACCAUGAAGGAUUGAUAAGGAGGUCGUUAAAAUGAAGGAUUGAACUCAUUAAAAAUGAGUCAAAGAGAUGGCAACUUCCUGGAACUUUGUACAGCCACCCGAUCCAGUCUUGUCGAACAGCAUCGCUUCAAACUACCACUGUGCUUCCUGUACUCCUGUCUGUUAUUUACUCAGUAUUCAGCACAUGUCACUGUCACGAUUUAAACACAACGAUUGAGCCAAAUACCUGUGCAGCGUCACACACACCGUUUGAGUAUUACUCGACAUCACCAACUUUGAUAUUACUGCCACAUCUGAUCGGUCGCUGCAAGAAGACAGAAACACAAUGGGGUUUUUGUUUGUCGUUUUUUUAACAUGGUUCUUUCAUCCAUGCUGGAAAUCAUGGAAUGGUGCUCCCAUUUUCUCUCAGAGAAUGGAGCUGUAUGUAAAUGUUGGUAUUGUAAAUACACUGGUUCUGUCUUUUUUCCCCAUUUUUUUAGAGCAUUUUUAUGUAUUUGAAAAGCAUGUAAUAUAUAGCAAACAACUGUUGUUAAGCUGGUUCUUAGUCAUUUGUAUAAUUGCAUUUGUUUGAAUUAAAAAAAACAAAAUCAG